CGCCUCCGCGCCCUCCACCCUGCCCGCGGGGCACGGGAGCCGGUGACGGGAGCGAGGCGGAGUCUGGAGGGAAGAUACGGAGAGAUAGAGAUUUAAAUCACAUCCCCGGCUGUAGAAGGGGCAGCAGCAGCAGCAGCCCCGGCGCAGAGGCACGGACGCACGCGCCGAGACAGGUCUGCCGGCUCCGCCGCUGCUGCUGCUGCUCACCAUGGGUGCCGCCGCCGCCGAGCCCCCCAGCGCCAUGGGCCUGGUAUCCAGCGUGGUGAACGAUACCCUGGAGUUCUACCGCUGGACCUGGAGCAUCCGAGACAAACGUGUUGAUGACUGGCCCUUGAUGCAGUCUCCAUUUCCAACCCUGACUAUAAGCACUAUUUAUCUCCUCACUGUCUGGCUGGGCCCCAAAUGGAUGAAGACGAGAGAGCCCUUCCAGUUACGCUUCCUCUUGGUUGUUUACAACUUUGGAAUGGUUCUGCUCAACUUCUUCAUUUUCAAAGAGUUGUUCUUGUCAUCAAGAGCUCGAGGGUACAGCUAUGUCUGCCAGACUGUGGAUUAUUCAGAUAAUGUUUAUGAAGUUAGGAUAGCUGCUGCUUUAUGGUGGUAUUAUGUCUCUAAAGGAAUCGAAUAUUUGGAUACAGUAUUCUUCAUUCUGAGGAAAAAAUUUAAUCAAAUUAGUUUCCUUCAUGUCUAUCACCAUUUCACCAUGUUCACCUUGUGGUGGAUUGGUAUUAAGUGGGUUGCAGGUGGACAAGCUUUCUUCGGAGCUCAAAUGAAUGCAUUUAUUCAUGUCAUUAUGUACAUGUAUUAUGGAUUAGCAGCUUGCGGCCCUAAAUUUCAGAAAUACCUGUGGUGGAAACGAUAUUUGACCAUAUUGCAAUUGGUGCAGUUUCAUGUGACUAUUGGCCACACAGCCAUGUCUAUUUAUAUUGAUUGUCCUUUCCCUAAAUGGAUGCACUGGGGUGUCAUUUUCUAUGCUGUCACCUUCAUUUUCCUGUUUGGUAACUUCUACUAUCGGACAUAUAAGCUGCCCAAGGAACCUGUAAAGAAUGGCAAAAUAGCAAAUGGUGCUGUUGCAAAUGGAGUAAGCAAACCAGAAAAUAAUGCGGUGGUGGAAAAUGGAAAAAAGCAGAAAAAGGGAAAAGCAAAAGGAGAGUAACUUGAUCCAGGCCUUAACCAUUGUUGGCAGUGAGGAACCUCCAGUUUGGGUUAUAAAAGGAAGAAAAAAACACUAUCUGUACCAAUUAACCUUAGGUUACUGAAGAGCUAGAACACAGAUAUUUUCAUUAUUUAUGAAGAUUGUUUUAAGAACAACACUAAAGUUGAAUUUCUAUUGUAAUUAUGUAAUUAUCAUGCAUAUGGUCUCUGUGUAAACUUGUAGACUGCUGGUGUUGGUGAAUGUAAGGAAGAAUUGCAGUUGAUUCCAUGUUUAGCAGUCCAAAAGUUAAUAGUACAAUUGAUACAGUUUUGUUGGCACCCACAUUUCUUGGGGGGCGGGGGGAGGGGAAGGAAGUAGCAUUUGAAUAUUUGUGCUUUCUUUCCAGAAUACUAUUAAAUUUCAAAUUAUGACAUAUUAUCUAAUCAGAAUCCGCAACUUUUCUUGUCCUCCUUGGAGAGUACCUUCAGACAGAAUAUGUGCUGUCAGAACAGUAUUUGAUUUUUCAGUCAUUACUUGAUUUAAUUGAGUAUCUGUUACAGUUUGGUUUUUGUUUUAUUAUUUUUUUCUUGUGUGGAAAUAUACCUACCUCUUCAUCUGCUGAAAAGGAUAUUGAGCAUUAAAUAACUGGUUUCUGGAAUACAGAGUCCUCUAAUCUAAAUAUCUGUUAAUAUUAAUUCAGGAGAACAUGUUUCCCUGUGGAAGUAAAAGGGAUUUUUGGUGGUAUCCUUUGAUCAAGUCAUCAUUUUAAUGUAAACUGAAAUUUUGGAGUGCUACUUUUAGUAGAGCCAAAUAUUUUAAGAAUGUGUAAAUAUGAACAAAUAUAUUGGUUGAAGCAAGAAGUAAAAAUAGGCCUGCUGCUUGUUGUCCAUGACCUGGGUUAAAUCUGUGGCACUGACUGAUACUCAAAAUGGUAAGAUAAUGUUAUGGUGGGGAGAAAACAGCAUGUAAUUCCAUUUAGAAAUGUUGUGUGCAUGGGUAGUCAUGCUAACUACAAAACCAACCAUCACUUUAUUGGGAGAGAGAAUUCAGUUUAAAAGUGCUAAAUACAUAAAUACAUAGCAAACAUAAAAUCUUGAAAAUGUUGCUAUUGCUUGAUACCUGUCAAAACUCUAUUUCUUAGACUCUUGCAGACGAAGUAUUGCCUGAUAGACAGGUCACCUUUAUAAGUCAAAACUGCUAAAAUAAGUAGAAACUUUUAGAUGGAUUUUCAUUUACAUGUUACAUAAAGGACUUUUUACCAUUCCUUUUGUGAAGAAAAUAGGGAAAGAUUUAUACUUCUUCUGAAUAAUGUGUUUACUGAGAGGUACAUUUUGAGCUGCUUAGCAUGCAAUGAGUAGAAGAUGGGUGGAAUUAGAAACUAUAUCCUGGAUUACUGUGUUCCUUAGCCAUCACUGCAAGAGCUGUAUUGUUACUGUCCAAAUGCAUUCCCCCCCAGCUCUGGUCAGAAACAUAUCCAGAGGCAGCAACAAACACAUAUCUAGCAAGUAGCACCAUCGGUGCAGAAAGAGUACAUGGAACGGUGAGUGUAAAGUGAGUGACACAUUUAAUAGAUUUUUUUUAUCUCAAUCAUCCAUUUACUGUUUAUAAUAUGCAAGCAGGUUACAUAUUCUGUGUCUCAGGUUUGUCUUGUUUCUAUAUAAAAAAAAUCUCAACUCAGAAAACAAUUCCUAGGAAAAAGAGUUUUGGAUGUAGUCUGUUGUAUUAGAAAAUAAUUUCUAAUGCUCUAAUGCUGGAGUUGGUUCAGCUGAAAGGUGGUUCAUCCCUAAUCAUCACCACUGUGGAUUUUUGGGCAGAAUGUAGAAUUGUGAAAAACUGACUCUGCUGAACUCAAAUUCAUGUGACCAUUAAGUUUCUUGUCUGCUGUGUGUUCUGAUUCUUCCAGCCUUUGUAAUGAUGCUUUUUUGCAUUUGCAUAACUGCGUAUUUACAUAGCGUGGCAUGGGGAAGAGGGAUGGUGACUACCCUUCCUUCUUGGACAAAUGCCACUACCCUUAACCAAGCCAAAGUGCUGGCUGACUCAGUAAUUUUGGAAUAGCUAAAGGAGUAAAUAACUACGGAGCAGAUUUACAGCACACCUGCUGCUCCAAGGUAGUGACUAGUGUGAAUGCAGUUACCCUGCUGUAAUUUCAAGGUCGUUUACCUCACUUUGAUUAAAGGGUAGCUUCUUUCUAUUUGCCAUGGGAUGUGGGCAGCUAACUUCUAAAUCUGUAUCAUUCCAUGAAUUGUGUUAAAUUGGUUGUUUGCUCUGUCAUUCAUUCAAUAAGCCAGAUCAGCGAAACUGAUACUCUUCCUGUGAUCUAGCUCUGAAACAGCACCCCAGGAGUAUUACAGCACAGGAUCAAUUGUGUCUUUGCUACACUUUCUGACUUAACAAUUAUGUCUUGCAUGAUGGUAAAUAUUUAAAUAACUGAAAGUUAAAUUUUUUUCCCCCUUAUCAUGCAUGGAAUUGGAUUAAAGUUGAUUGCAACUUGAAUAUUUUUGACAAAACUCGAGUAGAAGUCUACUGUCAAAUUCUGGAGUAAUUGUUAAAUACUAAAAAAAGUGAAAAAACCUCAUUGUGAGAAUGCAUGUGUACAUACACAUCAUGUUGUCUGGCCCUGUGCAUAAAACCAGUUUGAGAGAUUCCCAUUUUCAUGGGAAAAAAAAAAAAACAAACCAGUUAUUAAAUUACUGGAACACUGCUGUUUUGAGUACAUCUUUUGCAGUAUGACUUUCCUAGGUUUAUUUAUGAUAUAUUUGAUUGUUCAUGUAAUUCAAGUCCCAUUACAAUCUUGAAUAUAAUGGCCUUAUUAAAUGUGCAUUUUGUAGGCAUGGUCUUGAGUGCAAUAUUUCUGUUUCUGACUAUGCAGCCGUACUCACAGAAUACAGGGCUCAACUUGUACAGCUUUUUGUUUUUCAAAAUAUAGGCAAUAAUGCACAUGUGAAAUACUGACAGAUUCAUUAGAGUCAUCUUUGAAUCUAAGGAAGCUUAAAAUUUUGCCAUGAAAGUAUGUAUAAAUAUGUGUAUUUUCUAUACAUAGUACUGAAAUUCAAAUUAUACAAUCUUUCGCAGUACAGUUAUUCUUUACAGGGUUAUUGGGGUUUGUUCUUCUAAAUCCUUUCAAUUUAUUGAAAAAUUAAAUUCAAACCAUUUGAAACUUUUCUUUUUUUGCCAAGGAGUGAUAAUUUUUUGCUAGGAGUUCUGAAGCUCUUGGACCAGAGUCUCUAAAUAUUUGAUGCCAUAUAAGUAAUACCAUUUUUCAUUUAGCCUCAUCUCUAGCAGUGACAGUUGUUGGAUUAUUUUAGCACUUUUUCAGUGUAAAAUUAAAUACAAAUUAUCUAUAUAUGUAUAUAUGUGUACACAUACAUAGUGUAUGUGUGUGUAUAUAUGUAUGGAUUCUUAGCAUAUUCUUUCAACAUGUGAAGUAAAUUAUAUUUCUUGAAUGUGAAUUUGGCAGGAGCUAAUAGAAUGAUUCCUACAGCUCCAGCAGGAAAAUGAAGCAGUUUUCCUUCCACAGAUCCAGUAUCAGUCUUGCAAACAUAAAUAGUAUUUGUCAGUUGUUUUAGAUACAGGAUUGCAGACAAGACAGAGCCAUUUCUACCAGUGUAAUAAAUAUUUUGAGGCAUCAGUUGUAGAUUCUGAGGGGAGAGAUCUCAACUCAGGGUAGCUGUGGAACUAUGCUGUAUUAUGGUAGGGAUCAUUUUAGUAAGAGUAACUUGCUCCAGGUGAGUCUUUGAAAUCAUUGCAAUCAUAUUCUCUGUUAAACAGAAAGCUUCUAAAAAUAAAUCAUAGAGUCAUAAAACCAUUUAGAUUGAAGAAGACUAUUAAGAUGACUGAGUCCAACUAUUAAACCAAUGUUUCCCUGCAAGUUCAAAAGCAUGGCCUAUUUGAUUACAGAACCAUCAAUUACUUCCAGCUCCAGACCAGGAUAAAAAGGUGAAGGCAAAAUGAAAAUGCUGCACAUUUUUUCAGGUUAACCUAAGGGCACAUUUCUUCAGAGAAACACUUGAACUGCAUGUGCUGGGAAGGGAGGUAAGAAAGGACAAAUAGCUUUUGUGAUGGAAGAUCUGAGUCCUAAAAUAGUUUACAAGCACUAGCUAUUUCUUAAAAACUUGAGUAAAACUGUUCAUGGUGCAUAAAGUUAAACCUUGCAUGAAGCUAGUGUGGGCUGAGAGUUAUAUUUAAAAUGAGAUUUAUUUCAGGUAAAAUUGAAGAGAAUGGGGAACUAAUUAAAUAUCUGGAUAGUGUAUUUAUCUUGGUUAGAAACACAGACUUAUCUAAUUUGAUACCUAAAGCAAGACACCCAUAUGACAUCUCAUUGCACUGCAGUCUGAUGCUCCAGCCCCUUUGCUAAUGUAAGCAGAGGGAGCUCCAUGGGAAUGAGUGGGUUGGUUCCCAUUUACCUCAGCAGAGUAUGGUGAGCACUAAAGAGCAGAGAAAAUGCUUGCUUUCUGCCAGUAUCCUGGGAGGAUUGAGGGAAAUGUAUGGUUCAGGGUGCUGCUUUUGCAUAAGGUGUUCAUGCUUUUGUAAACACUGAAAAUAAACAUUACUUUUUUCAUGCUGUUUGAGUUUGGUUUUAUACAUUCUGUAGUAUGUUCUUCUGUGUCCCAUCUUGCCUCAAGAUGCCUGCUAACUUUAGUGUUGUGUAGAUUUUGUGAUGUAAUCUGUUUAGUUGCCCAGGAGUUUGUGGAAACCAUUUUUGUGACAUAUCCUCCUAUUUUGAGGUUACAGGGACUUCCUAAUUUUGAAUAUUGUCCCCAAAUAAUAAUGGAGUGGCUUUGAAACCACUGUUAGGGAACCAACUAAAAAUAGGAUGCCCACUUAAGCAAAAAAAAAAAAAAAAAAUCCCCUAAGUUUCCUUAUUUGGUCUUGGAAACAUUAACAAUUGGGAAUAAAAUUAGCCAUGAAGUUUAGCUUUUGCUGGACACUGUGUGGUGUUAAUGAAGUCUCAUCCCAGAGAAUCUGGAGCACUUUUGGCAUUAGGUGCAAUUGGUGGUUACAUGUGUUGGGUACAGUAAGUUCCUUCAUUGUCUGCCAAGUAUGAGCUCUGUAAUCAACCUUAUAAAAUCAAGUUGCACCCAUGUUGCACUCCUAGAACCUCAGUGCAAAUAGCUACUCCGGAUGUCAAGUAGCAGGGAAUCAAGUCUGCCGUCAUAGCAAAAUAUGGUGUGGUCAAUUAUGUCUUGCACAAUUCUCAGCUAUUGCUUCAAUCCACUGCUUACAUCCUCCCUGGAUCAGAAAAUACACCAAGUGAUCAGAACAAGAUUUGUCCUUUAGAUGAUUAACAUGUGCUGGGGUAGGCUCUCUCUGCAGGUAUCUUUCUUAUAACUCUAUUCCUCACCAGUAAUUAAAAAUAAGAAUGUGAUCAAAUCAGAUUUAUCAGAUGAUUGGAUAGAAUAGACUGGAUCCUCUGGUGUUCUGUUUUCUUUUUUGUAUCGCUUGCUUCUUAACAUCUGGGAAAUUGGGGUUCAGCUCAAAGCACUGGGUGAGCAUGGGCUGCUCUCAGACACACAUAUGAAGCAUGUUCUCAAAGACAGCUUUGAAGGCAGUGCCUUCUAUGGAUUAGUGCCUUUCAGUGCAUUUUUAUGCUUGGGACUUCUAGGUCACCUCAUGAAUACAGGCACACUUUUCUGUUGACUGCCUGACACGUCAGUGACAUCACAUUUGACUUAAUUGCAAAGAUACUUAUUGAUGGGUAAGUUUUUGUCUCUUGAUCAUCCAGGCUCUGAUUAGUGCACACUACAAAACAGUGCUGGCAGUUCCUGCCAGAGCACCACACAGUCAGUGCUGCUUUAGGGGAAAAAGCUAUUUGCAUUUGAUUCAGUAGGUGGGAAUUGAUGCAAGCUCAUAUGGCAUCACUGCUGUCAAUUCAAUAUCAGGUAGGUUUUAGUUUGCUAGCAAAAAGAAAGAUUUGAGUUUUGAACUGACUCAGUAUUUUCUGUCUUUAUCUUUACCUAGACAGCUAUUGUUCUUGCAGUGGUGGAACCUUAAUUUGUUUGACAAGAAAACCACUGUUACGUUAGUAUUUUUUGGAGUGUGUUUAUGAGAAAAAAUAGAGAAAUUCAAGAAACAACUUGGGCCAAAAACUAAAGAACAUGAGGUAAUUGCUUCUUUAGUUUUUGCUGUUGUCCCUAGAUGUUGCAGGAGUUAAGUGACUACUCUAUAACUGCUACUGCUGUGUAUUCAUUACAGAUGCUGUACUGGUAUACAAGUAAGGCACUUUUGCAUAAGUACAUUCUGAAGUACAUGAAAGUUUGCUUUGUCUUAAAUGAUAAUCAAGAGAGUGAUUUAUUUAACUACAAAUGCUUGGAGUGAAAGUAAUGACAAACAUAAUACUCCUGCAUUGGCAAGACUCACUCUGUAUUUUCUCAUAAUCUCAUUUUCUCGUAAUCUUCAGAGCUUCUGAGUAGUUUCUUGCAGUAACAGAAAGCCCUCCAAAGCUGAAAAUUGCUGUAUAAGCUAAAAACCUGUUUUUGCAGAGCUUCUGUUACUGCUUUGUUUCUUUUUUGUACAUGUAUCUUCAGGUCAGGUGUUUGCUUACUGAAUUAUUCAUGAGUGGAAUGUAGGUCACAGAAAGAUCUGUAGUAGCUGCAAGUGAGUAAAAUGUUAAAAUAAACUUUGGGGCGUUUUACAGUCAAGGGUUUCAAGUCCAUGGUGUCAUUUGGUACACUGGGUUCACCUCAAAUGCUGCUCUUGGGUACUGGGUACAGAAGUCUGGGUCUACCCAGCCUGAUAGGAAUUUUCCUUACUAAACAACAGAUUCUCACCUGGAAAUUGGUGUCUGACCUGGUUUCCACACAUUUGGCAAAUGGCACAGAAGAAGUCCCUGGGCCAGUGAGGAAUGGGGUUUUUUUUUGUAGUUCUACCUAUUCUCAAAACAUCAAAUUUAGUAGGGGGUGUUGGAACAUUUUCUGCUGACAGCAUGAGGUACGGAGUUUGAAGAAAAUGUGUCCCUGGAUGCAGUGCUUGUAAAGAGCCUAGAAUAUUUUUCUGCUCUUAGUUGCUUGACAUAAGCCAAAUAUGCUGGAAAUGCUCCAAUUAAAUAGGAAAAAACCCCACCACAUUGUUAGGAUUUACUCAGAAAGUGAGAUUUUAGGUAAUAGGUAGUUCUUUACUGAAAAAUUCCCCUUUUCCUCUUUGCCCACUUCAAUCAUUUCAUCUGUGCAUGCCUUUCUGCUCUGCUAGAGUGGCUUCUUGGAUGAAGACUGAUGUGUUCAGGGAAUAGUUUACUGCUGUGAUUUGUCACUGGGGCAUGUGAAGUGACUUUUUGUGCAGCCUGAAAUGCCAAAUAGCGGCCGCACAUUCUGAGCAGGUUGAGUAUAACAAUAUUUUACGUGUAAUGAUCUCAAAACCGUGUUUUCUGGAUAUAAUAAACUAAGAGGAGGAACAGCUUUUUUAAAAUUUGGUCUUCCUGCUUAACAAAUAUGGGGCUACAAGGACAAAUUCCAGUUUGUAUUCUAUGAUAUGAAGGCACACUGUACAUUCAUAACCAGAGUUUGGCUGUGGGAAACAGAGAGUUUACUGCACUAUAAAAUCACCUUGUUAGAGAUUUUAUAUUGAGCUCUUCUGUGAUGACAAUUUAAUAAAUACCAGAUUUUUAUAUAA